AUGGAAGAAUAAACUCAAGAACGUUUAUCCCAAUUACAAGACAUCCUAGCUCUAAAUGAGGUUCCUAAAAUUACAAAAAAGCUGACAAAAUUAGGAUUCUCAUGUUCUGAGUUACUUUAAUAAUUAAUUGAAACCAAUCAUAAUUAGGGCAUUCAAAUCCUGCAAUCAUAUUCAAACAACUUCACAGAAUUAAAAGGAAAAUCAUUCGUGGCCUUAAUCUUGUAUCUCUCAACUCAAGAACCCAAUAUUGAAGCCAUCUUAUAAGCUGACAAAUUAUUAUAGUCCACUCAAUAUGUGGGGACCUUUGUGAAGAACUACGAAAAGGCUAUUUAAGAUCAUAGUCCUUUUAGUCAAUAGAUUGUCAACCAUAUUGUCCAAAAUAAAACAAAUGUCCCAAAUUUCAAUCUCAUCUUUGAUAAAUUGUUCCAAAUUUGUAAAUAAAAACAAUUGGAUAAUAUUCACGAAUUCGAAUAGCUGAUGAACACUUAAAAGGAUGUUGUUUUAAUUAUUGACAAACCAAUAAUAAAGAUUUUCCCAUUGACUCCUAGAAUUAAAUCUGAGUAUCUACCCAAACACUUAUAAAUUAAGAAAACUUAAAAUGCCAUUUCUAAAUAAGAAGAACUGAGAUCAAUGCAGAGAAAAAAAAUUAUGACUAAAAAGAAAUUAAUGAGAGAACUUUAUAAGGAAUAAAAUCAAUUGCAUAAAAUUAAAAAGGACAAGCUUCUUCAUCAACUUGACAAACAAAAAGAUGGAUAUAAAAAAGGAUUGAGAUUGUUGGAAGAACAAUAAAUGGAAUUAAAAAAACUCAAAACUAUGCAACUCAAUAUCAAGAGACACAAAAAGAAAUCAUCAAGAAAGGGGGGAAAUAAACAUUGA